AUGAUACGACGGUACCUUUGGUCAACGUCCGUAGGUCCACAUGAUGAGUCUAGUAAUCGAAGCGAGACUGGGCAAGACAAUAGCAGACAAGAACAAUCCCUGACUUUACACCCGACACGUUCAAGAGCUGUUACCAACAUGAGCAUCCAGAGCUUUGACCCGCGCAACUACUCUCUCGACCGAUCCGGUGAAGCUCCGAGAGGCCACCGAUCAUCCUCGGCCUCUCGUGGUAGGAGAGCCAACCGCACUAGGGAUGACACGCAUUCGCACCAGUCCACUCGACAGCGCAGCUCUGAGAACGAAUCAUCUCAACAGACAUCACCUCCACCCCAAAUACCCCGAACCCCAGUAAUAAGACCACUACGGCAAUCAACACCAAGAUGGCAGCUCUCAGACCCCAUUCCAAUACCACCCCGACGACCUACUGACGGAAGUUCUCAUCAACACCCUCCACUCCCUUUCGUCUCUGAAGGCUCCUGGGCUGACUAUGUCUCAGGUAAUACUGUUUCCAAUUACCGGGCCAUCGGGGCUCAAUAUCAAGCAUGGAUAACAGGUCAAACCACAACAGAAUGCCCAAUCCGACGCUCAAGAGUCACCUGGACAGACUUAGUCCACCACCCACUCGAAGAGUACAGCUUUGAGGUGUAUCUCAACGAGAUAAGACCAACGCCCGAAGAAGCGGGGAAUAUCCAAUCGACCGGGCUCUCGAUGGGGAAUAAUUGGCGUUAUGUUUUUCUGAGACGAUAUGGACACUGGGAUGAUGGACGCCAAGCGGGUUAUACCGUUUACCAGCACCGUACCGGGCUCGGCGCUAUCUUCGUUGAGAACAUUACCAGACGAUUCGGACCUUACUGGGCUCAAGUGGCUCAAGCGCAGUACCAACUUGACAAUCACAUCGAUACCCUCCGGUACGUUUAUUUCAUCAACGUUCAAAACCUGUGCACUUGGCCCUACGUGGAACACCAUUUAUACCCUCGUCAUGGCUUGCACUGGUUUGACGACUAUGAGCCCCAGUGUUGGACAUACGGUACGAGAGAGUACCAGGAGCUCCUGGGUACGAAGCUGGGAAGGGGAGUAGCUCGUCUGGUUCUGGGGGCUUGGCCGAGAGGCACGCAUCGCAUUGACACGAUUUAUACGUGGACUUUUAUCGGAAACUUACAGAUGAGGUUUGAUAUUAAGCGAAUUUGA